AUGGUGAGUGAGCUCUCAUCUUGCCUGUUGCUGCUGUUGCUGCUGCCGCCGCAGCUGGCCGCUUCGGAGGCCACGCCGGAGCCGUGCGAGCUGGACGAUGAAGAUUACCACUGCGCCUGCAACUUCUCGGAUCCACAGCCCGACUGGUCCAAUGGCUACCAAUGUAUGGUUGCCGUCGAGGUGCAGAUUCGUGGUGGCGGCCACAGUCUUGAGACUUUUUUAGAGGUCGCUGAUACCGACCCGCAGAAAUACGCUGAUGUGAUAAAGGCUCUGCGCGUGCGGCGGCUCACCGUGGGCGCUGCCCGGGUUCCUGCCCGGCUCCUGUUCGCAGUCCUUCGUGCGCUCGGUUACUCCCGCCUCAAGGAACUGACGCUGGAGGACCUGGAGGUAACCGGCACCUAUCCGCCGCCGCCUCUGGAAGCCACAGGGCCUGCGCUCUCCACCCUCCGCCUGCGCAACGUGUCGUGGGCCACGGGGGGUGCCUGGCUGGCCGAACUGCAAAAGUGGCUCAAGCCAAACCUCAAGGUACUGAGCAUUGCGCAAACACACCCGCUUGCUUUAUCUUGCGAGCAGUUCCGCACCUUCCCGACUCUCACCACCCUAGACUUGUCGGACAACCCUGGACUGGGCGAGCGCGGGCUGGCUGCGGCCCUCUGUCCUCACAAGUUCCCCGCCCUCCAGGAUCUGGGGCUGCGCAACACAGGGAUGGAGACUCCCAACGGCGUGUGUGCGGUGCUGGCGGCGGCUGCUGUGCAGCCUAACCGCCUAGACCUCAGCCAGAACGCGCUGCGCGCCACCGCAAACCCCGGCGGCCCUAGGUGCGUCUGGCCCAGCGAAUUGAGCUCCCUCCUCUUGUCGUUCGCUGGACUGGAGCAGGUGCCUAAGGGACUGCCGGCCAAGCUCAGCGUGCUGGAUCUCAGCUGCAACCGGCUGAACAGGGCGCCGCGGCCAGAUGAACUGCCCCAGGUGGAAAACCUGACACUGGACGGGAAUCCCUUCCUGGACGCUGGAGUCGCCAAGCCCCACGAGGGCCCGAAGAACUCAGGUGCAACUGGAGUCUGUGGGCACUCGACCCUGAUAGGGAUGUCAGGCAGCCUGGCGUUGCUCCAAGGGGCCCGAGGCUUCACCUAAGGCGCAGAGGAGAAAGGUGAAUGUUGAAUAGGCUCGUGUUGCCCUGGCUCUGAGGGAGCCCCGUCAAGAAGUCUCGACAAAACAAACUUCUGCCCCGCUUCUAUUAAAAUCUUAAAC